AGGAGCCAAAGGAAGGGGCGGAGCUGGGAGGAAAGGACCGAUUCGGGAGAGCUCCCGCCCCGGGAGGAAGGGGUGGAGGCGCGCGCUUCCUGGCGCAUUCCCGGCCCGCCCGGGUGACUCACUCUCGCAGGAAAGUCCCGGGCCUCCCGGACCCUGACCCGCCGCCGCGGACCCAGGCCAGGAUGGCAGCUCAGGUGACACUGGAGGACGCGCUGUCCAACGUGGACCUCCUGGAAGAGCUGCCUCUGCCCGACCAGCAGCCCUGCAUUGAGCCCCCACCAUCCUCCCUGCUCUACCAGCCAAAUUUCAACACUAACUUCGAAGACAGAAAUGCAUUUGUCACUGGUAUUGCAAGAUACAUUGAACAAGCGACCGUCCAUUCUAGCAUGGUAAUUCCAUCAGUGUCUGUCUGUUUUCCUUUGUGGGAUUGGCACAUCCCUCUUUAUGUCAUACUUGUUUAUUCCCAGGUGAAAUGUAACGAGCAGCCUAACAGAGUGGAAAUUUAUGAGAAAACUGUGGAGGUCCUUGAGCCCGAGGUCACAAAACUGAUGAAUUUUAUGUACUUUCAGAGAAAUGCCAUUGAGCGCUUCUGUGGAGAGGUGAAGCGCCUGUGCCACGCGGAGAGGAGGAAGGACUUCGUGUCUGAAGCCUACCUCAUCACGCUGGGCAAGUUCAUCAACAUGUUCGCAGUGCUGGAUGAGCUGAAGAACAUGAAGUGCAGCGUGAAGAAUGACCACUCAGCGUACAAGAGGGCUGCUCAGUUUUUACGGAAAAUGGCGGACCCACAGUCCAUCCAGGAGUCACAGAAUCUGUCCAUGUUCCUGGCCAAUCACAACAAGAUCACACAGUCCCUACAGCAGCAGCUCGAAGUGAUUCCUGGCUAUGAGGAGCUGUUGGCCGACAUCGUGAACCUGUGUGUGGAUUACUACGAGAACAGGAUGUACCUGACGCCCAGCGAGAAACACAUGCUUCUCAAAGUCAUGGGGUUUGGUCUGUACCUGAUGGACGGGAGUGUCAGCAACAUCUAUAAACUAGACGCUAAGAAAAGAAUAAACUUAUCCAAAAUCGACAAGCACUUCAAGCAGCUCCAGGUGGUUCCGCUGUUCGGGGACAUGCAAAUAGAACUGGCUCGAUACAUCAAGACCAGCGCCCACUAUGAGGAGAAUAAAUCCCGGUGGACGUGUGCAUCGCCCAGCAGCAGCCCCCAGUACAAUGUCUGCGAGCAGAUGGCCCAGAUCCGCGAUGAUCACAUGCGCUUCAUCUCGGAGCUGGCACGCUACAGCAACAGCGAGGUUGUCACAGGGUCAGGCCGCCAGGAAGCUCAGAAGACAGACAUGGAAUACCGGAAGCUCUUCGACCUGGCGCUGCAGGGCCUGCAGCUGUUGUCGCAGUGGAGUGCUCAUGUGAUGGAGGUGUACUCAUGGAAACUUGUGCACCCAACGGACAAGUACUCCAACAAGGACUGCCCCGACAACGCCGAGGAGUACGAGCGAGCCACCCGCUACAACUACACCAGCGAGGAGAAGUUCGCCCUAGUGGAGGUGAUCGCCAUGAUCAAAGGCCUGCAGGUGCUGAUGGGCAGGAUGGAGAGUGUGUUCAACCACGCUAUCCGGCACACGGUAUAUGCCGCCCUGCAGGACUUCUCCCAGGUCACGCUCCGGGAGCCACUGAGACAGGCCAUCAAGAAGAAGAAGAACGUCAUUCAGAGUGUCCUGCAGGCUAUCCGGAAGACGGUAUGCGACUGGGAGACAGGGCACGAGCCCUUCAACGACCCGGCCCUCCGGGGUGAGAAGGACCCCAAAAGUGGCUUCGACAUUAAAGUGCCCCGCCGCGCCGUGGGACCCUCCAGCACGCAGCUUUACAUGGUGAGAACCAUGCUAGAGUCCCUCAUUGCAGACAAAAGUGGUUCCAAGAAAACCUUGAGAAGUAGCCUUGAGGGGCCCACCAUAUUGGACAUAGAAAAGUUUCAUCGAGAGUCAUUCUUCUACACUCACUUGAUAAAUUUCAGUGAAACUCUACAGCAGUGCUGUGACCUCUCACAGCUGUGGUUCCGAGAGUUCUUCCUGGAACUGACAAUGGGCCGGAGGAUCCAGUUCCCCAUUGAGAUGUCCAUGCCCUGGAUCCUGACAGACCACAUCCUGGAGACCAAGGAGGCGUCCAUGAUGGAGUAUGUGCUGUACUCCCUGGACCUGUACAAUGACAGCGCCCACUAUGCCCUCACCAGGUUCAACAAGCAGUUUCUGUACGACGAGAUUGAGGCGGAGGUGAAUCUGUGCUUUGACCAAUUUGUUUACAAGUUGGCAGACCAGAUAUUUGCAUAUUAUAAGGUUAUGGCAGGAAGUUUGCUUCUUGAUAAACGGUUACGAUCUGAGUGCAAGAAUCAGGGGGCAACAAUCCAUCUCCCGCCGUCUAACCGCUAUGAGACGCUGCUCAAGCAGAGGCACGUGCAGCUCCUGGGCAGGUCCAUAGACCUUAAUCGUCUUAUUACACAGCGUGUCUCAGUGGCCGUGUAUAAGUCUCUGGAGCUGGCUAUUGGUCGAUUUGAAAGUGAAGACCUGACAUCAAUAGUUGAGCUGGAUGGCCUCUUGGAAAUCAACCGCAUGACGCACAGGCUGCUGAGCCGAUACCUGACGCUAGACAGCUUCGACGCCAUGUUCCGGGAGGCCAACCACAAUGUGUCGGCACCCUACGGGAGAAUCACGCUGCACGUCUUCUGGGAGCUCAACUAUGACUUCCUGCCCAACUACUGCUACAACGGCUCCACCAACCGGUUUGUUCGGACAGUGUUACCAUUUUCUCAAGAAUUUCAAAGAGAUAAACAGCCGAACGCACAACCCCAGUAUUUGCAUGGAUCAAAGGUAGGCUCUUUGGAAGAAGUGUGUGACCUGCUGCACGCAGCCCCUUUCCAGAACAUCUUGCCGAGGGUCCAUGUGAAAGAGGGAGAGAGACUUGAUGCCAAAAUGAAAAGACUAGAAUCAAAGUACGCCCCACUACAUCUUGUUCCUCUGAUCGAAAGACUGGGGACCCCACAGCAAAUCGCAAUUGCGAGAGAGGGGGACUUGCUGACGAAGGAGCGUCUGUGCUGUGGCCUGUCCAUGUUUGAAGUCAUCCUCACUCGGAUCCGGACCUUUCUGGACGACCCCAUUUGGCGUGGGCCCCUGCCCAGCAAUGGGGUCAUGCACGUGGACGAGUGUGUUGAGUUUCACAGGCUGUGGAGCGCCAUGCAGUUUGUCUACUGCAUUCCUGUGGGCACGCACGAGUUCACGGUCGAGCAGUGCUUUGGCGACGGGCUGCACUGGGCAGGCUGCAUGGUCAUCGUCCUCCUCGGGCAGCAGCGGCGCUUUGCUGUGCUGGACUUCUGCUACCACCUCCUCCGAGUCCAGAAACACGAUGGGAAAGACGAGGUCAUCAAAAACGUGCCUUUGAAGAAGAUGGUGGAGAGAAUUCGUAAGUUCCAGAUUCUAAAUGACGAGAUAAUCACCAUCUUGGACAAGUACCUGAAGUCAGGCGACGGCGAGAGCACACCCGUGGAGCACGUCCGCUGCUUCCAGCCCCCGAUCCACCAGUCCCUGGCCAGCAGCUGAGAGGUGCAGGUCACCUGUGUUUGAAGUCCCAGUACUGACCGUGUUUCAUAACUAUAGGGCAUGCUUUUCUUUUCAUAAACAAUUAGUGAGAUUUUCAGGGGGCUAUUUUUCAGUAUCUCUGUGCCUGUUAAAGGGGUGCUUUUCAAUCUAAAAGCUUAAUUUUAUAAAAUUGACUUAUUUUUCUAGAUUGAAAUGGUAUAUGCUUUUGGUAAUUAGAAAGUCUGAGACUACUGGCUGCUGAUUGUUGCCAUCAUAUUCCUACAAAGUAGUUCUCCAUUUUUUAUGGAGUGUUCCAAGAGCCAGCUAUGUCCAUUUACCCCUUAACAAAGGGUCAGUAAUGUUUAGGGGAAAAUUUAUGAACUUAAGAAACUUAAUACCAGGUAAUUGUAAUAAAACUGGUCACCAAUUAGAAUUAACCUUAAUGAUUAUUUAGCUUUUGUUUAGGGGUUUUUCUAAAGGUCCUUUGUAUGAAUUCUAAGUCAUUGUUCCCUUCCCUUUUGUGUCAGUGUUUUAGUAAAUAGUGACCUUGAUUCCUGUUUCUACUAAAUGCCAUUGUAACAAAUCUAAUUUGUGAGGGAUGGCUUAAAGGUUACAGAAAUAAAACUAAUGAAACCUA